UGAUUAUAACUUAAAGUUGUGCUACCUUCUGAGGUGGUCCACUUUAGGGGGGACAAAUGUUGCUCCGCAGAAUCAUAUGGGUGGUAGCUCGAGGGAGAAGUCCGCUGUGCGACAGCGCGACCGUAAUUUACCCCACGAGGCAAUUAAAGUGUGCCGGUUGUGGGAUGGUGAAUCCUUCCCUUCAGUCUCCACAUUCUUCCUCCAGCAGGACGUUUUCUGGACUCUCAACGACCCGGUGCGGGCUCAUAUAUCGAAAAAUGUCCGAGAAUGGUGCGGUGCCCAGACGGGGCAAAGUGCUCACUCUUGACACUAUGAACGCCAGUGUGAAGAAGGUCGAGUAUGCCGUCCGCGGACCCAUUGUGCAGCGUGCCGUGCAAAUAGAGAAAGAACUCAAGGAGGGAGUGAAGAAGCCUUUUGACGAGGUUAUCAAAGCCAACAUAGGCGACGCCCAUGCUAUGGGUCAACGGCCAAUCACCUUCUUCAGACAGGUCUUGGCGCUGUGCACUUAUCCAGAACUACUUGAUGAUAACACUUUCCCUGAGGACACCAAAAACCGAGCACGGCGUAUUUUACAGGCCUGUGGUGGUAACAGUAUUGGUGCCUACAGUGCCAGUCAGGGGAUAGAGUGCAUUAGACAGGACGUAGCUCGUUACAUUGAGCGGCGUGAUGGAGGCAUUCCCAGUGACCCUGACAAUAUCUACCUCAGCACUGGUGCGAGCGAUGGCAUUGUGACUAUACUGAAGUUGUUGGUCGCCGGCGAAGGGCGCACUCGUACGGGAGUUAUGAUCUCCAUCCCUCAAUACCCACUCUAUUCCGCUGCGUUAGCAGAGCUGGGUGCUGUGCAGAUCAACUACUACCUCAACGAAGAGAAAUGCUGGAGCCUGGACAUCAGCGAGCUGAAGCGUGCAGUGGAGGCCGCCAGGCAACACUGCAACCCCCGCGUGCUCUGCAUCAUAAACCCCGGCAACCCAACCGGUCAAGUUCAGAGUAGGCAGUGCAUUGAGGACGUAAUUCGUUUUGCUGCCAAAGAGGGCCUUUUCCUCAUGGCUGAUGAGGUGUAUCAGGAUAAUGUGUAUGCAGAGGGAUGUCAGUUUCACUCCUUUAAGAAAGUGCUGUUCGAGAUGGGUCCAGAGUACUCCAGCACGGUUGAGUUGGCCUCUUUCCACUCUACCUCCAAGUGUUACAUGGGAGAGUGUGGCUUCCGUGGCGGCUACAUGGAGGUCAUAAACAUGGACCCUGAUGUGAAGGCCCAGCUGACUAAGCUGGUGUCUGUGCGCUUGUGUCCACCUGUGCCUGGACAAGCCCUCAUGGACCUGGUGGUGAACCCACCCCAACCUGGAGAGCCCUCAUAUGCUACUUUCAUCAAGGAGCGUACAGCAACACUGAGGGCCCUAGCAGAGAAGGCCAAGAUGACAGAGGAGAUUCUGAACACAGUGCCAGGGAUCAGCUGUAACCCGGUCCAGGGAGCCAUGUACUCCUUCCCCCGCAUCAGCCUGCCUGAACGUGCUGUCCAGGAGGCCAAGGCAAAGGGUGUGGCCCCUGACAUGUUCUACUGUAUGAAACUGCUGGAGGAGACAGGGAUCUGUCUGGUUCCUGGCAGUGGCUUUGGUCAAAAAGAUGGCACUUUCCACUUUAGGAUGACCAUUCUACCAUCGGCAGACAAACUGAAGGUCCUGCUCAACAAAGUGAAGGAGUUCCAUCAGCGCUUUACCCAACAAUACUCUUAACCACUUCCCCUCAUCCCAACCAGUAAAUGAGGCUCAUUAACAGGGACUAAUCAGAAGUGCCAGAAUCCUCUUCCACUUCAAGUGCCUUCUUCACUAUGGCCCAGAUGGUCAUCAGUCCAGUUCCCUUUACCUUAUAUGACUGUACUGAAAUGAGACAACAUGAAAUAUAUUUUAGGUACAGACAUUUUGUAGUGAUUUUUAGAAAUCAGCUUAGCAGUAAUACUAAUUUUGUAAAUUAAUAAAUAUAUAUCAGAUUCAUUGCUAUACAAUGUUGGAAAUCAGGUGCACUUUGCACUGCAGUUAUGUGUCAGAAAGUGGAAAUAUCAGCAGUCAUGGAAUCAUGAAAGUGUGUGUGGGCACGUGUUUGUGCGUGCGUGCGUGCGUGCAUGCGUGUUUUUCUUGUGUUUAUCUGCAUUGGCCAAAGUGGGUUGUUUCAAAUAAAGAAUGACUAUAAAAGGCUA